AUGUUUGCUGCUGCUACCAAAAACUUUGUUAAGCAGGUUGGUGAUGGUGGGAGAUUAGUCCCUGUUCCUAGCCUCAGUGAAGCUGACAAAUACCAACCUCUGAGUCUUGUUAUUAAGAAGAGAAAAUGUUUUCUUUCAAAAAAAUCUAAAUUUGCUUCGACACCUUUCACCCUAAAAGACAUUCUUCAGGGAGAGAAAGAAAUUUCAGCUGGUGUUUCAUCCUAUCAGCUGUUGAAUUAUGAAGACAAAUCAGAUGUUUCACUCUAUGGUAGACGAGGAAAUCAGAUGAUGAGUGAUGUUGGGGUCAAUAUUGCUGGAUCAGAUUCUAUUGCAGUAAAAGCUUCAUUUGGUAUAGUGACCAAACAUGAGGUUGAAGUACCAACAUUACUUAAAGAACUUACUACUAGAAAAAUUAACUUUGAUCACUGCCUAGUCCGACAAUCAAGAGAAAGUAGGAAAGAGGUUCUGUGUGUGGUCAUGGAAAGUAUUAGAACAACACGGCAAUGCUCAUUAUCUGUGCAUGCUGGUAUGCGUGGGGAAACAAUGAGGUUUCAUAUUAUUGAGGACCAAAAUCACAAGGGACGAGACAAAGCUAUUGUUUUUCCAGCUCACACAACUAUUGCAUUUAGUGUAUUUGAACUUUACAUUCACUUGGAUGGUAAUUUUGAGUUCUGUGUCACUCCAGUUUCAAAAGGAGGAUUUGAAAAAGAGCAAUCUGGAUCAUUUUCAUUGAACAAAUUAAGGAGGAAUCUGUUCCACCGAAAUAAAAGGGUAAUGGAUAUCAUUGCUAAUUCAGAUGCUUACUUGGAGGACCUUUUUACAGACUAUUAUGAAAAAGCUGCAAGCAUGACUGAUAUCUCUACAAGCUAUCUCAGAGAAGGGUCUCAUAUCCGGGUUAAUUUACUUAAUAACAACAUCCCAAAAGGUCCUUGUGCCCUUUGUGGAAUGGGAAAUUCUAAAAGAGAGACAGUUUAUGGAUGCCUAGAGUGUUCUUUUAAUGGACAAAAGUAUGUACGACUGCAUGCUGUGCCCUGCUUUGAUGUCUGGCACAAGAGAGUGAGAUAA